GAUAAAAAGUCGAAUGUUUCAUUAUUGAGAAACCCUCUGCCUGGAAAUGUAGAGCUCUAAAGCAAAGCACCUUUGAAGCCUAUGAGAAAUUUAGUUUGUGCUAAUUUUUGACCUCAUCCAUACAAUGCGAAGCUGGAAGUACUAAUCGCACAAAUAUAUACGUACGCAACCAUGCGCACAUCAAAAUUUAUAUAAGAGAGGAAAAAAAGAAAAGAAAAGAAAAAAAACAGAACAGCUUCGCUUUCAUCCUUCUGUAGCUUAAUUAGUUAGUUGCUUGGGAUUGACCGUGACACCUACGACAGCCUCUUCCAAGAAAGUUCUGCAGGAACAACUCAUGCGGCUUCAUCCCGAUAUAUACCCCCCGGAACUUCGCCCAAUUCGUCACGGCUCCCACGCAAACUCCUACUUUUCCCUCUUUUCUUGUAGAUUUGAUUCACCUGUUGGUGCCGCUUUGCCGGCCGAGCCGAUUUCCUCCUCUCCCUCAGGAGGCGGCUCUCAGACGGCAAAGGAUACCCUCCAAGGAAGGCCGUGGGAGUGUCAGGAGCCUAUCAGAAGCGGCUCACCAGCCCACCUCCUCCUCCCUUGGGGCACCUCUCUGUGGCUCUCUAUAAAUACCUGUAAACCCAGCUACAGCCUAUUACUGAAUUCCACAAAACCCCUUUCUAAAUCAGCGGCCAACUGACUCCACGAGGCUAAGAAAGAGGCCACCUAAAAACACCCAAGCCAUGUGCAAUGCUCUGACCCCAGACUCCCCUUUCCCAUGCCAAUGCGACCACCAUGAAGACCCCCACGGCCUCCUCGCUGCCCCCCUCGUCCAGAAGCAGCAGACGUCGACGAGCCCAUCAGAUGCUCCGGUGCUCACGCCGAAGCCGCCGACCCAGCUCGCCCUUGCCUUCGUGGAGGCCAAUUCUAUAUUAAGCCUGGCUCUCCCAAUGGCGCUGAGCGGCCUCCUCAUCUACUCCCGCUCUAUGAUUUCCAUGCUUUUCCUCGGCCGCCUUGGGGACCUUCCCCUCGCGGGCGGCGCCCUCGCCAUCGGCUUCGCCAACAUAACUGGCUACUCUGUCCUCUCCGGGCUUGCGAUGGGCAUGGAGCCAAUCUGCGGCCAGGCGUUCGGUGCCAAGAAGCUCCCCCUCCUCGGCCUCGCCCUGCAGCGGACCAUUCUGCUCCUCCUCUCGGCUUCCAUCCCCAUUGCCUUAAUCUGGGCCAACAUGCGACCGCUCCUCCUCCUCUGCGGCCAGGACGCCGGCAUCGCCGCCGCCGCCCAGUCUUACAUUCUCUUCUCCCUCCCCGACCUCUUCCUCCAGUCCUUCCUCCACCCCCUCCGCAUCUACCUCCGCUCCCAGUCCAUCACCCUCCCCCUCGCCUAUGCCGCCACCCUCGCCGCCCUGCUCCACCUCCCCAUCAAUUACCUCCUCGUCUCCAUCCUCCACCUCGGUAUCCCAGGCGUCGCCCUCGCCUCUGUUUGGACCAACCUCAACCUCCUCCUCCUCCUCCUUGCCUACCUCUAUCUCUCCGGCGUCUCCAAAAGCACUGGCGGAAUAAUUCCCUCUGCCGAGAGCUUCGGCGGCUGGUCCUCUCUGCUAAACCUCGCCCUCCCCAGCUGCGUCUCCGUCUGCCUCGAAUGGUGGUGGUACGAGAUUAUGAUCCUCCUGUGUGGCCUCCUGCUUAAUCCCAAAUGCACCGUCGCCUCAAUGGGCAUUUUGAUACAAACCACUUCCCUCAUCUACAUUUUCCCCUCCUCCCUUAGUUUCGGCGUCUCCACCCGCGUCAGCAACGAGCUCGGCGCCAACCGCCCCGACCGUGCCCGCCGCGCUGCCUUCGUCGGCCUCUCCUCCAGCUUCCUCCUUGGUCUCAUUGCCCUCAGCUUCGCUGUCUCCGUCCGGCACGUCUGGUCCAGGAUGUUCACCGCUGACCCCGCCAUCGCGGUGCUCACCACCUCGGUUCUGCCGAUACUGGGGCUGUGCGAGCUGGGCAACUGCCCGCAGACGACAGGGUGCGGUGUCUUGCGAGGCAGCGCGCGGCCGCGGGCCGGUGCCAACGUAAACCUCAGCUCCUUCUAUUUGGUCGGAACGCCGGUUGCAGUCGGGCUUGCCUUCUGGGGAGGACUCGACUUCAAAGGGCUCUGGCUCGGCCUCCUCGCGGCACAGGCCACCUGCGUCGUGCUCAUGCUGGCCGUCAUCCACCGCACCGACUGGGACCUGCAGGCCGAGCGCGCGCGGCGGCUCACCGGUGCGGCCUGCGGUGCCGGAAUCCUCAACGGCGAUUUAAUUGAACCUGUUGAGAAACAAACACAGAAGCUAAAAUCUAGCACAGUGGACGAUGAUGUUGAAGUUGAGAAGGCCAAUUCCGUGAUUUCCAUAACAAUUGAUCGAUCUUCCACACUAACUUGAUCUCUGCGUGUUUGUCUUAUUUACUCCCCCUUUUUUUGUAUUGUAACAAAGAUGUUAGCCAUUUGUUAUUACAAAGACAGAGAGAACAAUCGAUUUAAGAGCUUAAACUAUAUUUUUUAUUUGAUAGAGGGUUCGAGAAAAGAAAAGAAAAGAAAAGAGCUAUCUAUUCGGUAUUGUGUUAUGACCUCUCUUUUGGAUGGCUUCUGUCGACGUCCGUGACAUCUGGAGAGCCGGCAGCGUUGAAGACUCGAUCGCCGCCCAUUCCAGAAUGACUAAUGCUCUCGUGCCGGAGCGAGUGGAAUUUAGAAGUCUUUGGUGCUUCACAUGUUUUGACCCUCCGUUGGCCCGCCGUAAACCACUACAGGUUGGGAUCGUUCUAGCCGUUGUUUCGUGCGUUUGAAAUCUUUGACUCGGUAAUGGGAUUACCCGCGCUUUGGACUGGCGGGUCCCGUGAUUUGAACUACUGUGACCCACGCUUGGCUUGGGUAUGCCUGUAUCCAGUGGGACGCGAUUUGGUCCCACACGCAUGGCUCGUCCCCGUCAGUGGUUCGGCUCUGACCGGGUCUAAUUGGCGCUUUAUAUAAUGGUGUGGAAGGUUACGGUCUGAUCCAAUCUGGUUAAAGCCACUGAACUAUGUCUCAGAACUUGGUUUAGGUUCUGGAUUUGACAGGUACAACUAUAGGUUAAUCAAGCACAGGUUGACGAGCCUAGGAGAAAGGAGUUGCCAUAUUAUGUAUCAUGAAGUAUGCAACAUGGUGAUCGCGUUCUAGUUAUAUUCCCUAAAUAUGUGAGCAAUACUAGGGGGAAUAACUAGUUAAGAGAAGAAGGACAAGGUCCCAGUGGGCUAGUCCCCAACUACUAAUUGAUGUUGAGCUGUAGACAUGGUGGUGGAGCCCAGGAAAGAUUCUUCCACCUCGAGACUUCUCUUCCUAGGGGUUGGCCUGCUCGUCCUUUGAUGCAUAACUUUUGUUGCGGGCAGUGGGGCUCAAUAGGAUAUUAGGAGAAGUACAUGCAGGAGAGCCCUGCAGCAACCAUGGCAUUUUGUUGGAGAAUCUCCUUGCUGAGAGUCAGGUGGAAAUUUGCCUCGACGAAUCCUCCGUAUCCCAAGGAUCAACUAAUGAUUUGAUCACGGGCAUGAUACUGUCGACAUUUGAUUGAAAUAAUCUCUCUUUAGAACCUCUCAAAACCCCUCGGACUUGGAGGAGGUAGUAUUCCAAACCGCCAAGGGCCAAGAAUAUACAAUCCAGCGUGUUAGAACGUCUGUUAGAAGGCCUUCACUCGAUUAUAAAAGCUUCCAACUGUCUUAUCGAGGUCUCCAAUUAUUAGCAAAGUCAAUCAGUGGUUCGAUUGGGCGCUGCUCUUAGAAGAUUGCCGGAUUAGCUGGUUCAGUCCUAUAUUUUAUUCUCUUGACACACACACACACACACACAGAUAUAUAUAAUUUCUUCAACAUCCAUUUGCGUCAUGAACGAAUCGCUGCAUCUGCUCUUCCUUAUACAUUUCGUUUCUAAUGAUAAUUUACGAUGUGGAAACCUGAUUCUGAAUCAGAAGCAAUAUAGAACAUAUCAUUCCAACU